GGGAUGUUUUUAUAUUUGAAGCUACCUGCUUUUAUAGCCUACAGACAGUGUUGAGAACGCAGCGUUAUCUCAGUCUACACAGUAAGUAAUCUUAGCUGGACACCGCCCCCCGGAUGACAAGUAACCAAUCAUCUGCCGGUAUACUCAGUUCAUGGGAUUAACUGGCCAAUCAACAGACUACUCACACAAAAGUCACCUCUUCAACUUCCUAGCGGGAAGCUAUUGACUACACUGGUAGUAGGAAUAAAUGAUAGAUACAGCAGCUAAUAAAAGGAAGAUGAGACUGUCCAGAGCUGAAUAUAAAGAGAUUGUGAGAUGGACUGAACAACUGAGGCCCACCCGCCAAUGUAUGAAGAUGCUGAUAGAAAGAUUUCCAAAUCACUCGCAGUCCACUCUUCUGAGCAUCUUCUCCCUGGAGUACCAGAAACGAACCAAAAGAACGAUCUCAAAACACCAUACGCCAGAUGUUAUUGAAAACCACUACCAAAGGUAUCUGAGUGAAGCCAAAGCACAUCCCACUGCUCCUGUCCUGCUGGAGUUGGCCAAUGAGGUGGAUCUGUCUCCUGCACUGAUGGCUCGUAUCAUCCUGGACAGGUUCCUACAGGACAUGGAGGGUGGAAUGCCCUCUAAAACAGUUGUCAGUACUAUGCUUAAGGAGCCAUCCUUGAUUCCAGACCCAAUUUUGGCCAAUAACAUAUACCAAUGCACAAUAAAUGACUGCUGUUAUGGACCGCUGGUAGACUGCAUCAAACACGCUAUUGGCCAAGAGCAUGAGGUGCUGCUUCGUGACAAACUGAAGGAGAGGAACCUUUCCUUUCUAGAUGAAAACCAGCUGAGAGCUAUGGGCUAUGACAAAACACCUGAUAUCAUCCUGGAGGUCCCCGUUGCUGUGGAGGGACACAUUGUACACUGGAUUGAGAGCAAAGCCUCAUUUGGAGACGACCACAGCCAUCGCACCUAUCUCAAUGAACAGUUCUGGAGCUACUGGAACAGGACUCCUUUCCCCUAUCCAACAGAGAGAUAGGCAUUCACACCAGUUUAUUAGGUGUAAGUGCUCUAGUCUAGCUGAAAAAGUUCACUGGGCCGGGCGCUGACAUGUUGAUUUAGUAGCGGUAACACGACUGCACUUCCAAAGGUGCUGACUUGGACAAAAGCCAGGCCUCUUUUUUUCCCAUGGAGACAUUAGAGGUCACACUCUAAUUGUGGGGCAGGGUUCAACUCAUGGAUGCAGAGGCCAGGACACAACAACACCUGCUUUUUCAUGCUUAACUUCUGAUUUAGCCGUCACUGAAGUGGCGGUAGAAUUUAACAUAUUAAACUUAUUCCUGAACCUGACAAAUGAAUAAACCAGUGGAUAGUAUGUCCUUUUCAG